AUGAAAAGAUCAUGUGCUCCAUCCCAGAAGAAACUCUUAAGUCAAAAACCAUUACAUCAACCUAAACAACAAGAAGAAAAUCAAAAGAAAAACCCAAAAGUUUUACUUAAAGUUAUUACUCAAGAAAAAAAGAAAAUUGAUAUUAUUAAGGUGUUUAAAAUCAUGUGGGCAAAAAAUUCACCUAAAAAACAAAAGACGUUUAAUGAUGGAUUUAUCGUAGUUAAUUCAAAUAAUAUUGGACUUAUUCACGAUGAAGAAGAUAAAGUCAUUGGAAAAGUUAAUAAUAUAAUGAAAGAAAUUAGUCCAGAAACUAUUGGAGGAGAUUCUAUUAUUCUUGCUGGAAAAGUUAUUGAAAUAGAAGAAGAAGUUCCAGUUGAACAAUAUCUUUCAGGAAAAUUAUUUCUUCAUGAAACAGCAAUAACUAUAACUCAACCAAAAUUUGAAUUAAAAAAAACAGCAUUAGGAAAUGGUCCAAUAAAAAAGAAAAAAGUUUCAUUAUAUAAUAAAGAAAAUCCAUUUGCAUAUUGUAUUGAUGAUAAAAAAGAACCAGCAAUUUUAAUUGAUCCAUAUAUUGGAAAAUUUUUAAGACCACAUCAAAUUGAAGGAGUUAAAUUUAUGUAUCAUUGUAUUAUGAGAGGAGGAGAAUGUGGAUGUAUACUUGCAGAUGAAAUGGGACUUGGAAAAACACUUCAAACAAUUACAUUAAUAUGGACGGUAUAUAAACAAUGUAAUAUUAAAAAAAUAGUUAUUGUUUGUCCUCAAAGUUUAAUUGGGAAUUGGGAAAAAGAAUUUAAAAAAUGGUUAGGAGUAGAAAGAAUUUCUGUUCAAACAGGAAGUAGUGAUAGUUCAAUGAAAGAGAAAGUAAAUGAUUUUAUAAGAGAUUAUAUUCCAGUAUUAAUUAUUAGUUAUGAACAAGUUAGAAGUCAUGUAGAAACACUUAAAAAAACAAAAAUUGGACUAAUUGUAUGUGAUGAAGGACAUAGAAUUAAAAAUUUAAUGAGUAAAACAAAUUCUUCAUUAAAAGCACUUGGAGGAUCACGACAUAUUAUAUUAAGUGGUACUCCUGUACAAAAUGGUUUAGAAGACUUUUAUUCAUUGAUUGAAUUUUGUUCACCUGGAUGUCUUGGAACGUUAUCAUCAUUUAAAAGAGUUUUUGCUAUUCCUAUUCAAAAAGCACAAGACGGAAAUGCUUCAAUUGAAGAAAUACAAUUAGGAACAGAAAGAGCAAAAGAAUUAACAAAUAAAUUAAAUGAUUAUGUUCUUAGAAGAACAUCUCAAGUUAAUGAAAAAUAUCUUCCUGAUAAAACAGAAAUUGUUUUAUUUAUAAAACCAAGUUAUUUACAAAUCAAAUUAUAUAAAAUUAUGUUAAAAGAAUUAGAAAAGAAGAAAUUAGAUCAAUGUAGUGCUUUAAAAUAUAUUCAAUUAUUUACUAAAUUAUGUAAUCAUCCUUCUUUAAUUUCAAAAUAUUUAACAGAAGAAAAAAUUUCAUUAAAUGAAAAUGAUGAAAAAUGUAUUAAAGGAAUUUCAUUAAAUGAAGAAAGUUCAAAUAAAUUUAAUAUAACAAUUCAAUUUAUUAAAGAAAUUCUAAUAAAAUCAAAAGAAAAAGUAGUAUUAGUAUCAAAUUAUACAAAAACAUUAGAUUUAUUUGAAAUAUAUUUUAAACAAGAAGAAGAAUAUAAACAAAAGAAAAUAUUUAAUUAUUUAAGAUUAGAUGGUAAAACUUCUCAAAAACAACGAGAUAUUAUUGUUGAAAAAAUUAAUGAUAAAAGUUCUAAUUAUAAUAUAUUAUUAUUAUCUAGUAAAGCUGGUGGUGUUGGAUUAAAUCUUAUUGGAUGUUCACGUCUUAUUUUAUUUGACCCUGAUUGGAAUCCAGCAAAAGAUAAACAAGCAAUGGCUAGAAUAUGGAGAGAUGGUCAACAAAAAAAAGCUAUGAUUUAUAGAAUGCUUUGUACUGGAACUAUUGAAGAAAAAAUUUAUCAAAGACAAUUACAAAAAAAUCAAAUUAGUGAAAGUAUUAUUGAAGAACAUUUAGAAAUGGGUAAAAGUCUCAGUGUAGAACAAUUAAUGAAAAUAUUUGAAUUAAAUACAAAUACAAUUUGUGAUACUCAUGACCUUUUACAAUGUGACUGUUGUAAUGGUGGUUAUAAAACAGAAGAAGAUACUCUUCAUUUAAUACCAAAAAUGAAAGAAGAAAUUAAAUCAAUUGAUCCAUUAAUUAGUACAAUUGAAGGAAUAAAUAAAAUGGUAUCAAUGCUUUUUGUGAAUGAAUUUCAUAAUAAACAGAAAAUGAAAUAA